AUGCGCUAUACUGUUGCUAUGCAUAGCAGAAGAACGACCUGCUACCAGCCAAGAUGGCCGUCCUUUGGUGGUGGAUACCGUUGUACUUACGAUGGGUCUGCUUUGAUCAGGGGUUAUAGAAGUGUCUGGAGGUCCAGUCACUACCAAGCGGUCAUGCCUUCAAACGCUCGAUUCUUCUCUUAUUACUAUUAUUUUCUUGAUUACUAUUAUUCUUGGAUUGAGAGGGACGUCCUACCCCGAUUCUACUGCUGUGGUCUGGCUGGAGGGAAUUUCUGUAACCUUUACGAAAGUCGCCGUCCAAGAUCUAAUUGCUGGGGAUAUAGGCAACCAUGGUUCGGAUGGUUUUGGGGCGACCCACACAUCAAUACCCUUGACGGUAGGAAGUACACCUUCAAUGGUCUUGGGGAAUACACCACGAUUGCUUACAGUCAUGGCGACCCGUUCAUGUUGCAAGCCAGAACCGGUAAGGCGUUUAACAACGGCGUGCCUGUGGAAGAUGGGACUGUCUUCACAGGGUUCGCUGCAACACAAGACAUCACUAAGGUCGAAUUCCAGCUGAAUGAUGAAAGGACAGACAUGAGUAUUCUAGUUAAUGCUACCGCGAUCAAUAUGAUGGAAUUCCUAGUGGAUGGACUCAACUCACCGGAUCCAACCUUCAUUCUAUCCACGGAAAAUGACACUGUCUCUGAAGGUGAGAUCAAGGUCACAGCGCUGUUCAAAGCAGAAGGCUAUCCCAGUUCGUCCUUCACCGUGACCUUCAAGAACGGCAUCUUGGAACUGAGUGUCAUGGUCCCUUCUGAGUAUGCUCAGAACGGAAUCGGGAGAGGUCUGCUCGGUAAUGUAAAUGGGGACAAAUCAGAUGAUUUUCUGCUCAAGAAUGGAACCUUAUUAGUGGAUCAACCAGGAAGAAAUUUAACAGACGGAGAAAUAUUUCAGUUUGGACAGUCAUGGAUGAUACAAGAGAGCGAAUCGCUCUUUGAAUACGGUGAUCGGAGCUGGAGUUACUACAAUCCUAGCGACUACAAACCAAUUUUCCUAGACGAGCUGCUUGCUUCCGACACCGACCAAACCAAGACAGCCCGAGAGGCUUGUGGGGAGGAUGAGGCGUGCCUGUUCGAUUACCUCGCCGUGAGUCCAGAGAUGGGUCAACAAACUAUGACAACAGGGAAACAACUCGACAAGGACCUCCUAAACCUUGAUAACUUUCCUCCGAACGUAACCAGCGUGGUAGAGAUAGGCGUGACAGAUGCUUUACAAGAAGGGGAGGUUCUCUUCAUGCAAGUGGGCGUGACCGUUACCUUGAAUAUUUCUGCACACGACCCGAAUGAAGAAGAUGAGGUAUUCUUUACAUUCAACGAUACAAUACCAGAUGGCGCCAAUAUAAGCUCCGAUGGUAUCUUGACCUGGGAACCACCUGACCUGAAUGUAUCAUCCAUCGAGAUCAUUGUGAUGGACGACCGAGGAGCAGUGACAUCGCUGACAUACAAGGUCAUGAUCUGCCAAUGCGGGAACGAAGGUGUGUGUGACUUCGAAAACCAAGCCGAAGGGCAGGAUCUAAAUGCCAACGGAUUCGCGGUGGUAACAUGCAACUGCUCUGGCGGUUGGUCGGGUGAUCAUUGUGACGUAGACUAUGAUUCAUGUGAGGGUACGCCCUGCUACGAGGGGGUUAUCUGCUACGAUGAGGUUCCGUCUUCCGACAUAGAGUACACAUGCGGCCCUUGUCCACCCGAGCUGUCAGGCGAUGGUACCACUUGCUUUGAUUUUAAUGAAUGUGCUGACACCAAUGACAAUGACUGUGAACAGAAAUGUGAUAACAAUCUAGGUUCUUACACGUGUUUGUGUAACGCCGGUUAUAUUCUUGCCCUCGAUCAACGUUCCUGUGACGAGGUAAGUGAAUGUGAUGAGGCCCUGAAGAAUUCCACUGAAUCUGCCAACUGCACAUGCGAGCCCGGUUUUCAACUUGAAAACGGAACGUGUUCAGAUUUUGAUGAAUGUGCGUCUCAUGUGGACCAAUGCCCGCCUGAUAUCUCAACCUGUAUGAACCUCCUUGGGGACUACAGCUGCACCUGUCAAUCAGGAUACCAUAAUCCAUCCCCUAAAGAAUGUCAAGAUAUCGACGAAUGUCAACUGACUACGGCUGUUUGCAGCUCGGAUCCAAAUCUUGUUUGCAUGAACACACCCGGUAACUUCUCAUGUGUGUGCAGGGAGGACACAACAGAAAUCAAUGGAGACUGCCAAAACGCGCUGACGUUAACACUCAACGUUCGUCUGACAUUCAUCAGUGGAUUAAGCGUUGAAUAUUAUCCUGAUACGAUUGAUUCACAGGAGAACCAACGUCAGUUGGCCCAAGAUGUUUUGAGUUACCUCAAUAAGUCAUCAGAAUUUGGAGACGACAUACUCCAGGUGUCUGUGAAGAACUACACCUUGACCGGAAGUUAUGUUCUGGUGUCCUUCCGGGUCGAUGUAGACACUAAUGCAUCCUUGGAUGAUACCAGCCUAGAGCGGAUUUUCAUGGAAUUGCUUCCUGGGUCAAGACUUAUUGUCCCAGAUCAUCGAGUCAUGGAGGAGGAUAUCAACGAAUGUGAGCGAUUUACAGAUGUUUGCCGUAACGGAAACUGUACAAACACUGAUGGAAGCUUCUACUGUACUUGUAAUGAGGGUUUUGAUGGAACAGGAACCGAUUCUUGCACAGAUAAAAAUGAAUGCCUCGGGGAUCACAAAUGCAAUCUAACUUGCAUCAACUCACCGGGAAGCUACUCAUGCUUUGUACCACUCAGUACAACAACGCCACAAGAGGAAACCGAUGUUUCUAGUACUACUUCUACAUCUGACUCUGGAAGACCUGGCUUAUCACCUGGUGUUAUAGUAGGCAUCAUACUUGGUGCUAUGUCGGCAGCCCUUUGUUUCAUAGUAUGUACAUGCUGUAUCAUGGUUCUGAUAGUGCGUAGGAACAAAGAUGACAAGAUUAAGAAGGGGGAAAGGAGAGCUAGGGUAACAGAGCACACUCGUAUCUAUGAUGAGCAAUGGUCAGAACAUUCAUCGGACAAUCGGUCGUUGGACUCUUCUCUUGAUCGACGGCAAUAUGAAAUCAGUCAGGCCGUGAGUCGCCUUAGACUUUACCAAGGCAUUGACAGACCCAUGGUAGAGACAAACUUUUAUCAAACAUCUGACGGCUCCGAUAACUUUACAGUUCCUUAUGUGACCGAUGGGCAGAGCAGUGGCGUUGGCGCUGUUGAACGGAAUCCGAUACACGACAGAUACUACUAAAGCUUCUCAUAUGAUUGAUUUUCUGCAAAAUAUCCAGGCACUAGCCAACAUCAACACACACUAUGUCCUCUCUUAACUGCUCUAUUCGUUUUCAUGCAUGCAUCUUCACAUAUUUUAGAGUCUGGUGAAUAUCGCAUUUAGUUUAAGGUUUAACUAACAUGGAAGUUUAGGAGGCAAGCUUUUAUGAGAUUUUUCACAAAAUUUCUUGCUGUCCACUGCCUCGAGAUCACCGAAGCGAAGAUAAGUCAACAAUUUGUCUAAAUAACUAUGGAUAUCCCAAAACCAAUUAAACGAGGGUUGAUCAAUUUGUUAACAAAUUAGUAGAAAUUUUUCUAAUCAACAAUCAAGUCAGAUGUGUCAUAUUAUUUUGACAACGACAAUUUCUGUAUCACAUUCAUUUAUGCUGAAUGAGAUGUAUAUAUAUGUCAAAGCGUAUGCAUAAUUUUAUGUAGAAUACAAUGUCUUACUUAUCAUACAAAUACCUAAACGAUGUUUAUCGACUCAAGCAUUCUUGCUUAUGUAGUUGGCCUCUGCAUUUAUCUUGAUUAUUUUUUACUUACCU